UUUCUCUUUCCUUGCAGAAAAUGAUGCACUUGAAAUCCCAGCUCAGUUACGGCUGCGCCUUGGCGCUUUUCAGCCUCUUCUUCAAUCUCUUCGUGCUGUCCAGCGCCGAGCUAGCCACGGCUCAAGGCGCUCCCAUCAGCAAUCUCUAUGACAAUUUGUUGCAGCGCGAGUACGCCGGACCCGUAGUCUUUCCCAAUCAUCAGGUGGAACGCAAGGCACAGCGUUCGCCCUCGUUGCGCCUGCGCUUCGGUCGCAGCGAUCCGGACAUGCUGAACAACAUUGUGGAGAAACGUUGGUUCGGCGACGUCAACCAGAAGCCCAUACGAUCGCCAUCGAUGCGCUUGCGCUUCGGGCGGCGCAGCGAUCCCAAUUUGCCGCAGAUGCGACGCACAGCCUACGACGAGCUGCUCGAGCGCGAGCUGACCCUCAACAAUCAGCAGCAGCUGCUGAAUCAGCCAGCCGCUGGCUACGAUGCCGAUCUCUCAGAGGACAACGAUGCGGGAUUCGAGCGUGCUGUGCGCAAGCCCCAACGCUUGCGCUGGGGACGCAGUAUAAUCACCAGCAUUCUGAAUCUGAGCAAUAAUCGUAUGAGUGAGGCGGAGCGUUUGCAAGCUAAAAUAGAACAACAGUUGCGGCAAGCGCCAGAAUUGGCCCGCAUGCUGCAGGCCCUGGUGCAGGAAUACGAGAACCCAGCCGGCGGACGUGCCCUUGAGUCGAGCGAAGAUCAGGACGAAGAGCAGGACGAGGACAAUGCGGAGUAUCAAUUUCAGCGCGAGUCUCGCAAGCCCAUGCGUUUGCGCUGGGGUCGCAGCACCGGCAAGGCGCCCGCCGAGCAGAAGCAAAUGCCUGCUGCUGUUGAGACAGCGUCCGUGGCGCCCAAGUUACAGAACUAAGUGAAUAAACAAAGGGAAAUGAACAAAGGACACUCUAAGCGACAACUAGGCGGAAAUGUAACAACACACACACACACACACACACACACACCCACACAUCAACACAAAUGCAAAUGGCAAACGAUUCGAAACACUCGGCUCAAAGACAGUUUUUGCAGGCAUUUACGGUAGGCGCAGGGAGCUAAAAACACGUUCUAAAGAAUACAAACAUAUAAACCACAUAUAAUACAUAUAUAUGUAUACCUUCAUAUACAUAUGAUAUAUGAAUGCAUAUACAUAUAUAUAUACAUAACCGAUUAUGUACGUGUGUACAUUCUAAUUUUGUGCA